AUGAUCCAUCGUUUGGGGGCGGGAUCGCCUAGGGGAUGCCAAGAAUGGAGCCCAUUCUUGUGUCGCUCCCCAUCGCCAGUCGUCCAGCACACGGGUUUCAUGGAUCAGUUGAGUGUGAAGCCGCUGCGAAGGACAAGAUCCGCCCGAUCAGCCUCACCAGCCGUCCACCGGUCCGUCCACAUCACGGCAGAUCAUGGAGUUCUGAUAAAAAAAACUUGGCAGCGCGUGCCGAAAAAUCAGUUUGGCGAAACGUUGAUCCAGGACUUGGCCAACCGGAUUGGAAGGGAAUCGUUUGGACCUGAUCCAACGUCCUACGAACGUCACGCACGACAUUUCGUCGACUUGAUCCAAUCGGCCGUCGACAAUUUGGCAGAUUUGGAAGAAGUGCUGAAGCCGUGGUUGACCGUUCUCGGAAGGGGACACGUUGGAUUUAGGAUAAAGUCAAAACACUGGGACUCGUUCGGCGAGUCCGUCCUCGCCACGGUGUCCAUCUACAUCGGCCCGGGAGGCAGCACAAGGAGACUGUUGGGGCCUGGAUGCUGCUUUCCUCCUUCUUGGCAGACCGUCUCAGCGCAGCUUGUCGUUCUACCAACCUGUCCCCGAUGG